GCGCCUGCGCAGUGGUGGAGAGCUCGCCUGUGCUGUUCCCGCCAAUUCUUGUGGUAAUCCGGCCCGGGUCUAGUUCCGCGCUCAAUGGAGACGUUUGACCCCACCGAGCUGCCCGAGCUGCUUAAACUUUAUUACCGGAGGCUCUUUCCCUACGCCCAGUACUAUCGCUGGCUCAACUACGGCGGAGUGAUAAAGAAUUACUUUCAACACCGUGAAUUUUCAUUCACAUUGAAAGAUGAUAUUUACAUUCGCUACCAAUCCUUCAACAACCAAAGUGAUCUGGAAAAGGAGAUGCAGAAAAUGAAUCCAUACAAGAUUGAUAUAGGCGCGGUAUAUUCCCACAGACCCAAUCAACACAAUACAGUGAAGCUGGGAGCUUUCCAGGCUCAGGAAAAAGAACUGGUGUUUGACAUUGACAUGACAGACUAUGAUGAUGUGAGGAGGUGUUGUAGUUCUGCAGACAUAUGCUCUAAGUGCUGGACCCUCAUGACAAUGGCCAUACGCAUCAUCGACCGAGCAUUAAAAGAGGACUUUGGAUUUAAGCAUCGUCUCUGGGUAUAUUCUGGAAGGAGAGGUGUUCAUUGUUGGGUCUGUGAUGAAUCAGUUAGAAAACUGUCCUCUGCAGUACGUUCUGGGAUAGUUGAGUAUUUGAGUCUUGUAAAGGGUGGUCAAGACGUUAAAAAGAAAGUUCACCUAAGUGAAAGAAUUCACCCUUUUAUCAGAAGAUCUAUAAACAUAAUUAAAAACUACUUUGAAAAAUAUGCCUUGGUUGAUCAAGAUAUUCUCGAAAAUAAAGAAAGCUGGGAUAAGAUUUUAGCCCUUGUUCCUGAAACAGUUCAUGAUGAACUUCAACAAAACUUCCAAAAGUCUCAUAGUUCGCUUCAGCGUUGGGAGCAUUUGAAGAAAGCGGCCAGCAAAUGUCAGAAUAACGUCAAAAAUGACAAAUGUGGACCCUGGCUGGAGUGGGAGAUUAUGCUCCAGUACUGUUUUCCACGGCUGGAUAUCAAUGUUAGCAAAGGAAUCAAUCAUUUACUGAAGAGCCCUUUUAGUGUUCAUCCUAAAACAGGUCGCAUUUCUGUACCUAUUGAUUUGCAGAAACUAGAUCAGUUUGAUCCAUUUACUGUUCCAACCAUAAGCUUGAUCUGCCAUGAAUUGGAUGCCAAUUCCACUAAUGAAGAGGAAAAAGAAGGGAAUGAAGCUGAAUCUGAUAUCAAACAUAGAACCAGAGAUUAUAAGAAGACCAGUCUAGCCCCUUAUGUGAAAGUUUUUGAACAGUUUCUUGAAAACCUGGACAAAUCCCGAAAAGGAGAACUUCUUAAGAAAAGUGAUUUACAAAAAGAUUUCUGAAGAUAACAACUGCCUUCAAACCAAUGUGGAUAUCUUCUACCUUUAAUCAAGGAUCACAUACUUCUAGAACCACUUAAUAAAUACGGCAGAACCAUGUAUGUGUGUUAAUGCUCAAAGUAAAAAUUCUUUUCUUGAGAAAUAAUUGAUGUUGAAAAGAUUUCCUGAGAACACCAAAGGAAAGUAUCAAGAUAUCUGGAAGGAACAAUAAAAGGAAUAAAUGGAUUACAGAUAAUUUUGUAAAAUUUAAUGUUAUACAAAGAUAAUUCUAAGACUUUUGAUAUGUUCACUACUACCAGUUGCUGUAUAUGGAGGUAAGUGAGCAGUAAUAUGCCUGAGACUCUCAGCUCAGCUCACUGAAUACAACCUCCAUAUUUCUGAGUGAAUUGGGGCUUUGUCACAUAAUUUAUACCUGGAGUUUUAGACACUUAAUUAUACCUGGAGUAUAUAUUCAGUAACUUCCUAGUUUUGCUUACUGAUAUUUUUAUUGGUCAGGCUGUACUCCACUGGCCAUCUUUUUAAAAUCAUUUUAAACUAGGCAUCUAAACCUACCAAAACUUCAAAAGAGAUGAGUUACUAGAUUAACAAUAUUAGGCCUAGUAGAGUGUUUUUUAUAACUACUGCAAUCAUAGCCCCUAACUUUCUUCCUCAGAGAGUCUGCAGUGAAGAAGCAGCUUAGAAAAAAAUAACCAACUUCACCAAAAUAAAACAUGUUAUGCUCAUCAAAAUGCUUGAACUUUUUACAUAUCUAGGUCCUUAAAUUUUAAAAUUGUCUUUCUUUGAUUUUGUGUGGAUUCUAAUGUGUCAGAUUUCUCUUGCCUAGUUUUACAACCAAGUUAAACAAAACAGUCAUUGUAGUUUACAUUCUGUCUUCUGAGAAACAUUGAGACACAGCUGUCAGGCUGGUGCUUUCCUCGACUUAAGGAAAAUUUUCCUUCCUUUGCAUUUCCUUUUACAUUGUUUUCUCUUUUGGUUUAUAUAAAACAGACUAUAAUGCAGCUGACACAUUGAAAUGCUUUGUAUUUCUUCCUCCUUCCCUAUUUUUUAAGAAAAAAUAUUAAAGGCAAAUAUAAAACUCCUCACCA